AUGUCGAUCGUACAUUUGCAAAACGUGGAAAUCAUAAAUAGCCAUGCGCGGUUUUCAGACCCAUACAUAUUCAAGGUCACGUUUGAGUGUAUCUCGCCUCUGGAGGAUGACAUUGAGUGGAAGCUGAUAUACGUGGGCUCGGCGGAGUCGGAGAAGUACGAUCAGGAGCUGGACAGCUGCAUGGUGGGGCCUGUGCCUGUAGGUGUGAAUUCCUUCGAGUUCGAGGCUGAAGCACCGUCUCCGGAAAAGAUACCUGCCUCUGAUUUACUCGGCGUAACUGUCAUUUUACUUACGGCCUCGUACAAGGAUGCCGAGUUCAUUCGUGUAGGAUACUACGUCAACAAUGACUACGAGUCGGAGGAACUGAGAGAAAACCCACCCGAGGAUGUGCAGCUCGACAAGGUUUGUCGCGAGGUACUAGCAAGCAAGCCACGCGUCACGCGCUUUAACAUUAAUUGGGAUAAUCCCAAAGACGUGAUCGAGCCCUCUGCAUCUGAAACGCAAACGACACAGACACAAGAGGGUGAGGCCGAAACGGUGGAGACGACGCCCAAACCCAUGUAUCGCCCAGAAUCUGAGUUGUCCCAGGGCGGCAGUGCAUUUGUACCGCUGUAG